AAACAAAAGAUUUCGUCAGUGUUUUUUCUGGAGAGCGAUAUUGUUGCCCCGUACGUCUCUGAGGGCAAGCAACUUUUAGUUACUCAAUCUUUUAUUCACAAACAAACAAAAUAGUAGUCACACUAUAUUUUAGAAGCGUAAAUUACAUUUUAAACAACGAUGUCAACGCUGAAACUUAUAACUCAAGAAGAGAGUCUGCAUGACUCAUGGGUCAAGCUGCACUUUGAUUCAUGUAGUGAGCACGGUGAAGACAUGCCAGCACUGUGUGAUAUCACAGACCUGGAGAAAAUGCUUCUGGAAGCUCAACGCGAGUCCAGCAGCAGUUCACGGACAAGCUCUCACUGUAGCAGUCCUCGACGUGUCCAGACACCUCCACUCAUCAGUGCAGUCUCCAUCAACACACACACCAAUACACAGACAACGCAUCAUUGCACAGCUUUACUGCAUGGGUUUGCAUCUAUCAAAAUGCAGGAGGAAGUUGUAGCAGAGAGCAAACAGGAAACUGAGGCUAUUAUGAGGAUCUGUAACUGGUCUAGCCGGCCAGAGAAUAUACCACCCGCAGCAUUUAUCAUUAAACGUCCAAAGCAGAACCGAGUGUGCAACGGAAACACGGACAAAAAUGAAGAAAUUAACACACACUUGCUUAAAAUACUGCUACCCUCCCUAGUAUUCACACACAUCAUCAUGCUUGGGUUGGGGAUCUGUAUUGGACGGCGCCUCUCUGCUCAGUGUUCUGUUAUCUAAGUCAUAGCAAAUGAGUGUGUUUGUAUGCUGUGUGUCAGGAUCUCUCUGGGAUAGUCUGUAUUUUAACUAGAUAACCUGACAACCUCUUGCUGGAAUCCCUUUUGUUGUCCACCAGGGGAAAUGCAGGGCUAUGUAAGAUGACACUAUAACUAUGAUGAGGAGUAGAAACUCUCAGCAAUAAUUCCUUCUUUGGUUAUCCAGCAGGGGUUUUUUUGGCACAGAAUUCAUUUAGACUAGCCCAAUUUUGCCUGGGGAUUAGAUUUCUGAGCCGUAGAUAAGAUUAUAUGCCUAAUAGAUUUCAGGUUAAUUGUGGUUGUUAACAAACAAUAAUUGAAUAUGCAUAUUCUAAAUAUGAUAUGUUAUGGUAAAUGAAUAAACCUUGCUGCCAAAAUCCAUUAUGCUCAAUAAAAAAAAAGCUCUUUUAAA